AUGAAGCUCCUGCUCCUGGUCUUUGCAUCCUUUGGAUUCCUGGUGACUCCAGCCAGCGGGGGCGGGACCAGCUGCGGGCGCAAGUACCCCGGUCGCUGCAAGCUGCACUGCCACUCCCAGGAAAGAUCCAUAUUCAUCUGCGACAGGUACCGACUGUGUUGUAUGAAAAACCCCAUAGAGGGCAUCACGGCAUCUCCUGUCCACAGAGCUAAGCACCCCUGCAGAAAAACGACAGAAAGCCAAAAUGUGGAGCAACAAAUGGCUUCAACUCCACAACCACUGUCCUCUCCGAGUAUUCCAAGUACUGUCAUCUCCUCAUAA